AUGCCCCCGGAGGAGGACGAUCCAGAAUACGGCAGACACGAGAACACCGGAGCUCCCCCCGUCGCGCGACUGGCCGACCUCCGUCUCCAGCAGGAGUUCCUUGAGCUGCUCAAGACAGCGACCCACGAAAAGUCGGGACUCGACGCCGAUAUGAUCGCGCGCAUGCGCAACCUCCCGCGCACGAUCCCCGAUCUCUCCGACCCGGUGAAUCACGACCUCCGAUAUGCCCUGCGUCUGUUCCUCGAAAAUGGCCACUCCGACAAGGAUUACCGGAAGAAUCGAUUCUCGGCCACGGAGCGCUUUCCCGAGAUCCAGGACAGCAUACCGACGUUCGAACAAGUCAAGAAACUUGUCGCCGAGCUCACCAGCGUGUCCCCCAUUGAGACCGACAUGUGUCCCAACAGUUGCCACGCAUACACCGGCCCCUUCGCCGACCGCGAACAGUGCUUCUACUGUCCGAACGGUCGC